GACUUGCCAUGGGUCCCACGCGUCAGGUUACAGAUGGCGAGGUGUGGCCUGUGGGCGCCGUGAAGGUGGGGCUACGUGGGAUAGCGAGCAAGGUGACGUGGCCGGGCACCUCACCUGCGCGCUGACGUCACCUCGCCGGCUCUUUUCCCCCUCACAUGCCGCUGAUGCUUCGCGUCUCCUACUCGCUCCUGCUUCCACCUAUUAAUCAACCGCACUCUCUUCCCUCCCCGUUCCACCCGCCUCUCCCGCCGCGAGAUCCGGCUCCGCUUCCAGAAUCUUCUGGAACGGGCGUUCCAUGAGCGUCUGAUCGGCCGCCGCCAUGGGCUGCGCUGGAUCCACUCCCAAAGUCGAUGAGAACAGCAAGAAGUUGAAAAAGCCUAAGGCUUGGAAGCAUACUCAACCAAUUACACCAGCACAACUUAAACAGAUGCGUGAUGAAUUCUGGGACACUGCUCCACACUAUGGUGGCCAAAAAGAGAUUUGGGAUGCUCUAAGAGUUGCCGCAGAAUCUGAUUUAGCCCUUGCGCAAACCAUAGUGGACAGUGCUGGAAUCAUCAUUUCCAAUCCUGACAUGACGCUUUGCUACGACGAGAGAGGUGCCAAGUAUGAACUGCCGAAGUAUGUUUUGAGCGAGCCAACAAACUUGAUCCGCGACGGGUGAAUCUGGACCCCCACGAGCAGGGCCACGUAAAUUAUGUGAAUGUUGAUUUGGUCGCUGAUUCUGGGCUGCAACUUUCAGUCUUUCAGAGAUAAUGAAGCUUCUUUCCGCGCUGUAUAGUAAUCUUAUUGGACAUGCUGUAGACCUGCCACUGAACUCGGUUAUACAGGAGAGUGCCGACUAUGGUGCAUAUACAUAUGUAAUCAUCAGUCCAUCCUUUGCACGUGGAGAAAAACUACACAUGUGCCUGUCUGCGAAAUGUAAGUGUCAUUUAUGUGCAAUUCGCAUCGAAGUUGCUGUUGUCUU